GAACCGGGAGGUGGCUCGGCCGCCGCUGCCCGAGGCUGCAACCGGCGGGCAAUCGACGCUCGCCGCCGGCGUCCAGGAGCGCGUCAAGCAGCUGCAGAAGGAGGCGGCGCAGCAGCAGACAGUCAUGUCGCAGGCCAGCCGCGCCCUCAACCUCUGCAACGCCACCAUCGAGUUCACCGGCUCCUCGGAGAUGGUGGAGGCGGAGCGGCUGCUGCUCGUAGCCACGCACCGUCGCCAGGCGGCGCUGUCGGAGGUGCAGCGGCUCAAGACGGAGGGCGCCAUGCGGCAGCAGGGUAUCGUGCGGCCGGCGUCACGCGGCUCGCUCAGCGUCACAUCCGUCACGCUGCCGCUCAAGACGUCAUUCGUGCGCGAGGUGGCCGCCGGCUCAGCCAACUACGUGUACUAUUUCGUGGCGCUGCUGCGGUACCGCGGCCAGGUGAUCGCCACGCAGAUGCUCUCGUCCGAGGACUCCAUCAAAGGCAACGCCAUCAACUUCCCCAACCUGGUGAGCUUCCGCGACCUGGAGGCCGACUUCGGCGUGGCGCUGGAGGUGUACGGCCUGCAGACGCCGCGCGAGCUGCUGCCCCACGACGCCAAGUACCACAUCCGGAAGGAUCGCACCAAGACGCCGAAGAAGCUGCUGAAGCAGCAGUCGGUGCUGACCUCGCCGGCAGUGCAGUCGCCGGCCGGCCCCGGCGCCGUGCGCGCCACCAGCUUCCAGCUGAUGGGCUUCAUCCACCUCACGUCCCGCAACUUGGCCAACAACACCUGGGCCCUCGAGAAGGUACCGUCGCAGAGCCCGCUGGACGGCGGCGUCCUGAUGAAGGUCACGUGCCACGCCGACUGCGCGGUCGAGGAGCGCGGCUUCGUCACCGUGUUCGACGACGUCAGCGGCUUCGGCGCCUGGCAUCGGCGCUGGUGCGCGCUCUCCGGCAGCCGGCUCUCGUUCUGGAAGUACCCCGAGGAUGAGCAGCGCCAGCCGGCGUCGGCCGAGGUCGACCUGCGCUGCUGCGUCACCGAGCGCGUGGGCGCCGUGCCGCGCGACAUCUGCGCGCGCCAGAACACGCUGUUGCUGGUGACGGUGCGCCAGGCGCGGCCCGAGGACGAGGACUCGCUGGUGAUGCAGCGGCGCGGCAACAUGACGCGCAUCAGGCACCUGCUGUCGCUGGACACCAAGGACGAGCGUCAGCUGUGGGCCGACCAGCUGAACGAGACACUGGACAACAUCCGCGCCUGGGACCCGGACGCCAUGCAGCCGCACCUGGACCCGUCGGCCUGAGCCGCCGCCCCGGCCGCGCGGGGGAGGGGGCACCCCGCGGGACAGGGCGGGGGGCGCGGGGUGGCAGCGCCGCGUGACGGCACGUCGGGGAGUGAGCGACUGAGCGGCGUCGAUCGGCCAGGUCUAUAGCGUGAAUGGAGUGCGCCGGCGAAUGUCAGAGGAGCGAAGCUACAGGGUGCCAAAUGAGAGCGUAUGACCGCGCCUGCGUCGUCGGCCGGCGGACCGCCUGGGUGCCGCUGGCCUGUCCGGGUCUGGCAGUGCCGGCGCGACGGUACGCCAGGCUCGCUGGCGGUCUGCUGAAAUCCACUCGGGCACCAGUGGUUCUGCUUGUGGGUGAUCUUUUCCUCAGUCUGCUUUAAGGUGUGCCUGCGGUCAGUGAAGGGCUUCGCCCAAACAUACUAGAGUUCGAGGGCAGAGCAGGCUCCACGGGGGCCCCGAGGCCCUCGGGCCCCCAGGGCAGGGCGGAACGCACCUGUAUGAGCCUGUCCUGGCCCCCGGAUCCAGAGGAGGCAGCAUGACAUCAAGGGGGUUGCUCGCGAUAGGAUAGUACGAUCGAUUGUAUCGAGAUAGCAGUCAGAUAAGGCGCUGCACACAUGACAACCUCCACAGUGUAUGUAACCAGAAGAAAUAAGCAGCAGCAACCGGCCAAGUUAAUGAGGCGCUGUGUUGUUGAUAGGAUAAAUUCGGAGAUCACUCGCGACUUGUUUACUUAAGGAGUGCGGGCAGGCGCAGGCGUGCCUCGGUGGUGGCCUGCUUCAGUAUUGCACCUCGCGGCGAGCGUUAAAUUGCCUGCAGAAUCAAAUCGAAGGGUGGCAAGGAUGUUGAUCUUGAUAUUCAGUCCGGGCUGCUUCUCGGCAUUGAGAUUGCUAUGCAUAUACACUGAUUUUUCCACUGCGUUUUUCAAUACUCUGCUUCCUGUGCUGUCUGUAAAUACAUAUGUAGAUUAUC